AUGAAACCCAAGUGGACGCUUACGAUCUCAGUAGAGAAGGCAGCGAUGCAGAUACAGAUAUUCAUGAAUACAGUCAAGAUCAUCACAGGGAGCAAACAGGUGAAGGAGGUAAGUAUAUUUGAACUCGUUGCAGGCAACCGAGUGGAAAUGGACUUUGAAUUCGUUGUCUUCCUCCAUUCGAAGGACAAGGAGGUGGUACGUUUAGGGAAACUCGGGUCGUUGCGGGGUGGGGGAGUGUCGGCUACAUCCAAAUCUGUAGUGAAGAACAAGACGUUGUACAUCUUCAUGUAG